AUGGAGUUUGUGUUUGAUGGUCUUCAUCGUCGAGUCAGAGUCAGAGUCAGAGGAGAGCUGCUACCCUCUGCUCUCAUCUGGAUCACCUCCAGACCAGCAGCAGCCAAUCAGAUCCCCUCAAAAUACAUCAACCGUGUGACAGAAAUUCAGGGAUUCAAUGAGCUUCAGAAGGAGGAAUAUUUCAGGAAGAGAAUCAGUGAUGAGCAUCAAGCCAGCAGAAUCAUCUCACACAUCAGAAGAUCAAGAAGCCUUCACAUCAUGUGUCACAUCCCUGUCUUCUGUUGGAUCUCAGCCACUGUGCUUCAAAACCUCCUGAAAAAAGAUAACAGUGCAGAAAUCCCCCAAACUCUGACUGAAAUGUACAUCCAUUUCCUGCUGACUCAGAUCAACAUGAAGAAUCAGAGGUAUGAUGAGAGAGAUCCAGAGAAACUCCUGAAGUCCAACAGAGACAUGAUAUUAAAACUUGCUGAACUAGCUUUCAAACAGCUGAUGAAGGGCAAUGUGAUGUUCUACGAGGAGGACCUGAUUGAGAGCGGGAUAGAUGUCACUGCUGCCUCAGUGUAUUCUGGGAUUUGCACUGAGAUCUUUAAGGAGGAAUCUGUGAUUCAUCAGAGGAAAAUCUACUGCUUCAUUCAUCUGAGCUUUCAAGAGUUUCUAGCUGCUUUCUUUCUGUAUUAUUCACAUGCAGUCAGGAACACGGAAUCACUGAAAACAUUUUUGAAAGGAUAUAAGUGGUACAGUCGAGAAAUCGGUCUGUUUGAGCUACUAGAAGGCACAAUUGAUAAAUCCUUACAGAGUGAAAAUGGACAUCUGGAUCUUUUCCUGCGGUUCCUGCUGGGCAUCUCACUGGACUUCAGUCAGAGGCUCUUACAGGAUCUACUGACGCGCACAGUGAACAGCUCAGAGACCAUCAAGAGAAUCACAAAGUAUAUUAAAGACACAAUAAAUGGUGAUAAAUGUUUCUCAGCUGACAAAUACAUCAAUCUGUUCCUCUGUCUGUUGGAAAUUAAUGAUCAGACUCUGUACAGAGAGAUUCUGAAGUUUGUGAAAUCAGAGAAUCACUCAGCGAAUCAUCUUUCUCCUGGUCACUGCUCAACAAUCGCCUACAUGCUGCAGAUAUCAGAGGAGGUGCUGGAUGAGUUUGAUCUGAAGAAAUACAACACAUCAGUUGAGGGUAGAAAAAGACUGAUACCAGCUGUGGUGAACUGCAGAAAAGCGCUACUUGCUGACUGUAAUCUCACUGAUCAGUGCUGUGAAAGUUUGUCUUUAUGUCUACAAUCAUCAGUCACACUGAGAGAGCUAGACUUGAGUAACAAUGACCUGCAGGAUUCAGGAGUGAAGCUGCUCUCUGAUGGACUGAAGAGUUCACACUGUCAACUCAACAUACUGAGACUUGCUGACUGUAAUCUCACUGAUCAGUGCUGUGAAAGUUUGUCUUUAUGUCUACAAUCAUCAGUCACACUGAGAGAGCUAGACUUGAGUAACAAUGACCUGCAGGAUUCAGGAGUGAAGCUGCUCUCUGAUGGACUGAAGAGUUCACACUGUCAACUCAACAUACUGAGAUUAUCUGGCUGUAUGGUGACAGAGGAAGGCUGUGGUUAUCUGGCUUCAGCUCUGAGUUCAAACCCCUCACACCUGAGAGAGCUGGAUCUGAGCUACAAUCACCCAGGACAAUCAUUAGUCAAGCUGCUCACUGAUCCAAACUACAGACUGGACAAACUCAAUGUGGAUCAUGCAGGAGACUUCAGGAUUAGAACAGGACUACAGAAAUAUGUAUGUGAUCUCACACUGGAUUUAAACACAGCAAACACUCAUCUCAUUCUGUCUGAGAGGAACAGAAAGUUGACACUUGUGACAUAUAAGCAGCCAUACCCUGAUCAUCCAGAGAGAUUUGAUGAGUUUUAUCAGGUUCUGUGUAGAGAGAGUCUGACUGGACGCUGUUACUGGGAGACUGAAUGGAGCGGAGAGGGGGUUAAUAUAUCAGUGACAUAUAAAGGAAUCAACAGGAAAGGAUUGAGUGAGGACUGUAGUUUUGGAUACAAUAAAAAGUCAUGGAGUCUGAUCUGUUUUAAAGAGAGUUUCACUAUCAAAUACAAUAAUAAGAGCACAAUCUUAUCUGCCUCUUCAUUCUCUAACAGAGUAGGAGUGUAUCUGAACUGGUCGGCAGGCACUCUGUCCUUCUACAGCAUCUCUGACACACACACACCCACACACUUACACACAUUCAACACCACAUUCACUGAACCCCUCUAUGCUGGAUUUGGGGUUUAUUUUGCUAGCUCAGUUUCUCUGUGUUAGAUUAAACAGAAUCCUUUAAGAAACAAGAGUGAAAGUGAAAGAAAUAAUGCAUCAUGCACUAGACGGACGUCAUCAACAUUUUCACUCACAUCAUUAGCAGCCUCUUGUGCAUGAGCGGCAUUCUGAGAACGUCAUUUGUUAAAGUAAAAAGAUUUUCAACUUUUAAAAACAUGUCUCAGGUAUGCAUGUCUUUUUUUUAUUUCACUGCCCUGCAUCUACUGUACCUUUUGUGAAUGUCCCAUGUGGAAGGUUCAAGCAUGUCAGGGACAUGUAAAGUGGAAUGGCUACUUUAAUCAACAUUAAUUAACAAAUUAAUGAGGUAAAUAUAUGUAUCAAGUUGUAAACCCAUUAAUCUGUUGAUUAAGUGUGGUUUGUCUGUUACAGCAUUUUUCUGGAGUAAUGCAUAAAAUGUAUAAGUGUGUCUUUCUUUUUCUUUCAGGAUAUGUUUCUUCUUUUCUUUUAAGUUUGUAUACUACUGUUCAAAAGUCUGGUGUCACUAAGAUUGUUAUUUAUUUAUUUAAGCAAUCAAUAUUUUACUUUACU